AUGGCGAGUGUUCCAAGCCUAUGCGACAUCUUGAUACCGCUAGAAAAGAGUAGUCGCAGCGCCAGCGGUGCUGAAGGUGACAAGAUAGCCCUAGUUCAAUCGCGAAAAAACCAUCAAAGUUGUAUACGUUCGCCUUACACAAUUCACAAAUUCUAUAAAUUUUUGAGAAGGGCACAUUGCGAGGAAAAUUUAGAGUUUUUUGAAAGAGCGCAUCAGUUCCUCCAGCUCAAACAAAACGGAAAUAUCAGCGAAGAGAAGCUUCUAGCGAUUUGGAAUAAGUCAUUAUACGUAAAAUACAUUGCCGUGGACUCGCCUAAAGAAUGUAACUUUUCACAGGAUAUUAGAGAAAUCUUUGAGGAGUGCUACGCUAAUAACAAAAUACCGAGCGACGUAGACGUGCUGUUCGCGAUAAGUCACGUGAUGGGUCUGUUGGUUGAUGGGUACCAUAGGUUUGUAAAUUCUGUUGAUGACAAAAAAUACCGCUCUACCUACGCUGUCAGCAAUGAUUCCACUCUGAGACAAGAUUAUAAAAAUGGGACCACGGUUUCCAUUUCGCCCUUGAGCGUGGAUAAUAUUUCCACAGACAGAAAUCCCUACAUGAAGAAGCCUAGUAAUAAUGGUUUAGCAGCAAUUAUUCAAGAGACGUCUACAGACACAACAGUCGAGUCGCAGAACAGCGGUUACACUUCUCUACCAGAUGGGUCAAUGUCAGCAACCGGUACUGACAGUUCGAAGUUCAGAAAAACUAUGGCUAGCGAUUUCCAAAAAUUGCACAAUUCAAGCAUCCUCAGCUCAGGGAAGGGUUUGUUACAAAAACUGAAUUUCACCAAGAAACGCAGAUCUUUUAAACAACCUUCAGGUGUAUUUUACGGCCAUUAUAACAACAAUAUCCAACGUCAUUUGAAAAGAGCCAAACAGUCAUCCACUACAGUGUCUUCGUCGUCAUCUAAAAACACAGAAUCCUCUUCGUCGCCGUUGCCGUUAAUCAAUAAAGCGAUUGACCACAAGGAGAAAAGUGUUGAAAAAGGCUUCAAAAAGCUUAACCUGCAUGAUAUCAAUUAA